UAGCUCAGUUGCUUGUGGACCGUCGAGAUGCCGAGAUUAUCGAGCAAGUGCAGUGUCGCCGCCGCCGCCGCCGCAGUGCUCCUCAUCUUAGUGGGAUCGAGGCUUAGUGGAUUAGAGGCAGCCACAGCCCCUGGCACAGGCAAAGGUGGAGGAGGAUACUGUGCUCCAUCGCUCUGCCAGCUGUACAAUGGCAGUCAUGUGGUGCAAGUGCCGCAUACGGCGUGCGGCAACAACGGCAGCUUUGGCGCCCAAUGCGGCAACGACCCAAAGAUACUGGCCAUGAACGAUCGAAGACGCCAGCUACUGCUGGACAUGCACAAUCUGGCCCGCUCGAAGAUUGCCAGCGGAGAGCUAGCUGGCUACCAGAGUGCCACACACAUGCCGCUGCUGCGGUGGGAUGCAGAGCUGGAGCAGAUGGCCGGAUUGCAUGCAAAGCGCUGCCAAUUCGCGCACGACAAGUGCCGGAAUACGCCGCGGUUCCAGUUCAGUGGCCAGAAUAUCGGAUACUUUUGGAUUGGACGCGAGUUUAAGUCGCAUUCGAGGCGCAUGAAGUCCUUUGUGCUUAACUGGUUCAGGGAGUACCUGGAUGCGAAUCAGACCUUCAUUGACAGCUAUCGCCCGCAUCCGCAGGGCAAGAAGAUCGGUCACUUUACCCUGCUCGUCUCGGACCGUGUGCAUCGCGUUGGCUGUGCCGCUGUCCGGUUCCUCGAGCCCCAGGCCAGCAGAUACCAGUUCAUGCUCACCUGCAACUAUGACUACAACAACAUCUACAAUGAGCCCAUCUACCAGUCGGGUCCGGCGGCCUCUAAGUGCAUCCAGCAUCAAGUGAGCGACAAGUUCCCUGCUCUGUGCGAUUGGCGGGAUGCCGCCUACGACUACGACAGCGACGAGAGCGCCGAGGAUGGCAACACGCUCGACAACAACAUACCUCUCUAAGACACCGCCCCGCCCCCCCCCCCCCCCCCCCCC